UCCAAAGGGGGAUCCUUCUUUGCUGUGUGUCGAGGGAAGGUUUAAGUCCUCUGAUGCCCGGGCUCAGCUUCCAUUGUGGGUUAGGCCUUAUGUGCGGCCUUAUGAUGGCUUUGGAAAUGUGGUCCGUGAUGUCUCUCAGUUCUUCAGGGUUGCAAAUAAAAUGAGGCCUGUGGUAGAGAAGAAGACUGCUACAGAGAGCUGUGGGGCAGUGUGUUUGCCAGAUAUUCAGCCCUCUGGCUUCACUUCCUGCUCACACUCCCAAAGCUCCCACACCCAGAAGGCCAAGGUGCUGGAUGCCCACCUUCCCAGCCUGAAGAGGAGGAGGCUCAAUGAACACACUGGAGCCACUGGGAUGCCCAGGAUCUUUCUUCAGUAUGAGUGUGAGGUGCAGAAGAGUCAGAGGAGACCAGCCAACCUGUUGGAGGCUCUGGAGCAAAUCAACCAUCACAGUGGAGGAAACGACGAUGGUGUGGUGGGAGAGGAGAAGGACCAGCAUCACUGUGAUCUGACUGUCGCCCCUCCUACCCUCAGACUCAUUGGACUGACAGGUGAGAUCCACUGCACACACCGGACCCACAGAUGGCGUCAGACCUCCACCAUGAUGGUGAGUGUCAUCAAAGGUUCAAUCGUGUGUCUGGGAUGA